AUGGCAUCUAACAACAGCCCAAACCCGCUUCCGGUCAUAGACUCCCAUAUCCAUCUCUAUGCGGCAGCUCAUAUCCCCCAGCUCAACUGGACCUCAGAUUUGGCCGAUGAUCAUCCAUUGAAUAGGCAGUACUCGACCAACGAAUACCGAGAAGCCACAGGGUCCCGCUCCAAUUUACUGGGCUUCGUUUUUGUCGAGACAGACAGAAAGUCAGGUCUGGAGGAAGCCGAAUGGCAGGAUGUCCUUGAGGAAGUUGAUUUUCUUAUGAGGAUCGCUAGAGGAAUCCCGCGCAACGAUGAGGGUCACUCUCCCGAAGACGGUAGGCUGGUGCUUGGGGUGGUGCCAUGGGCGCCAAUUCCGGCUGGGAAACACGUCCUCUCACAAUAUGUAGAGCGAGUUCAGCAUCAUUGUGGAGACCAGUGGCACCUUAUCAAAGGUUUCCGAUACCUGGUACAAGACAAGCCAGCUGGAGUAAUGCUACAGCCACAGUUCAUCGAAAGCCUUAAAUGGCUGGGCGAGCAAGGCUUAACGUUCGACUUGGGGGUGGAUGCACGGUCCGGCGGCCUUCACCAGCUACAGGAGGCGUGCGAGAUGUUGGACCGAAUAUACGACGAUUCGAAUCCAGUCGAGAUAAUCAUCAACCAUUUCUGCAAACCAAAUCUACGACUGACGGCCGCGGAGGCUGUGAAUGGACACGGAGACUUUAUGAGAUGGAAAGAAUGCAUUCGGAAGAUGUCGUCACAUAAAUCGACGUACAUGAAACUGUCUGGCUUGUUCUCGGAACUCCCACCUCAAGACGAGACCAACCCCACAGACAUUGCAAGUCUUGUGGAACAAACACGGCCGUGGGUGAAUGUGGUGUUCAGUGCAUUUGGACCGAGCAGGGUCAUGUUCGGGUCUGACUGGCCGGUAUGCAACGUUGGAGGACCAGGGAUUCGAAAGUCCUGGGGCCAUUGGUACGCCUUGGUCAGUGCCAUACUCGACGACCAAGGCCUCUCCGAGGAACAGAAGAAGCGAGUCUGGUCGGGUACAGCAGUCGAGGCAUACAACAUCCAGCUACCCUGA